AUGUCACCACCACCAUGGGAAGCUCUCAACCUCGUAGCCACUUGCCUUGACCCCAAAACCCUAGCCAUAGCUUCAUGCGUGUCAAAGUCAUGGUUCUCUUCUCUGUCUUCCGAUCAUAUUUGGAAACCCAUCUUGGCCACCCACUUCCCCUCUCUAACCACCCUUCCUUCCGCCGUGACCCACCGCCGCCUUUUUGCAAUGGGCUACGCCGCAGCUGCACUCCGUAGCAAGGGGCCCCCGAAGCCGACCCUCUCCCUCGGGGACCUCGUCUUCGCCGUCUCCGUCUCUACGAGUGACGGUGAUGUGGUCUCCGGUGUGAGGCCCGGUGACGGGCUCCGCAUGGAGGCGGCGGGGGUGUUUCGCUUUGGCGUGGGGUGUGACGACGCGGUCUUGAGGGAGGUGGAGGAGAAGAAGGUGAGGGUGACGUGGAAUGUGGUGCUGAGAGGGUGGGGAGGGGUUUUCACGAUGGUGGAGCGCGAGAGGGAAAUGGGGUUGGUGGGCGGUAGCGAGGGGUGGUUCUGGCAGGAGCUUCCGCCUGCUGGGUGCUGCUCCGGCGCGGUGGGGAGCGCGAUGGUGGGGGAUUUGAAGGUGGGGAUGUGUGAAGUGAAGGGUGGGAAUGGGGUGAGGGUGGAUGAAGUGAGUGUGGGGAUUUUGAGUGUUGUGGAUUGGAGGUAUGUUAGUGUUGAAGAUGGGCUCAGGAUAAGGCAACAUGUAAAGCCACGUUUCGGUGUUUUAAUUUCGUUUCGGACAGAAAUCAACACAAAACGGUGGUGGGAGCUUUCGAACAUAGAGCAUUCACUUCACCAGAAGAAGGCCUUCUUCACCUUUUCAUAUUUUGUUCCAUCGUCAUCAUCCACUUUCCACUUAAUGGUCAUGGCAACUAUGGUGUCUGAACCUGCUUGUCCAACAAGAACGGUUCAUGAUGUUGCAUCUUCUGUCAGCUCUAAAUGGCACUCUUCUCCGUGGAAGAAGAAGCCGCAUGCCCGGCUGCUUCAAUGUUCUCUCAGAAUUAGAGCUUGUAAUAAUUCCAUGGCUAACAACAAGGACAUCUACAAACAAGUGGGUCUAUUUUCUCUAAAAAAGAAAAUUGAAGAUGCAGUUCUUCGGGCCGAAACAUUCGCAUCAACAGCCUUGGAAAUGGAACAAGCAACAUGGAUUAAGCAAGAAGAAAUGGUACGUGAUUUUGAUAUGUGGGAUGAUCCAGCUAAGUCCAAUGACGUCCUUGUCAAGUUGGCUAAUAGUGCCAAAGUUGUUGAUUCCCUAAAGGACAUGAAAUACAAGGUGAUGGUAGAGGAAGCAAAGCUAAUCAAUCAGUUGGCUGAGAUUAAUGCUAUUGAUUGCGGGCUUUAUAAACAAGCAUAUGAAGCAUCAUUGGCUGUGAGUGAGAUUCUAGAUCAGUAUGAGAUUUCUAAGCUUCUUAAGGGGCCAUUUGAUUUGGCAGGAGCAUGUUUGGUCAUAAAAGCUUCACCUAAUGGCACCCAUCCAAAGCUCUGGGCAGAACAGCUCCUAAAUAUGUAUCUUAGAUGGUCCAAAAGACAGGGUUAUGAAGGAAGGAUUGUCGACAACUGUCCCAUCAAGAAUGGAGGAAUUAAUUCUGCAACUAUUGAGUUUGAAUUUGGGUGUGCAUAUGGUUAUCUUUCAGGGGAAAAAGGAGUUCACCACUUGAUAAGAGGUUCUUCAAAUGAAUCUUCUCAGCUUGAGGUUAGCUCAGCAACUGUAGAUGUUAUUCCCAUGUUCUUUGAGAAUUCUUGUGAUCUUGAAAUUGAUUCUGAGGAUUUGAUUAUCUCAUCUCCCUCCAUUCAAGGGGAAAACAAGAGACAAACAGAUCUUUCAGUUUGCAUUCAGCAUGUACCUACUGGCAUAAGUGUCCAAUCCUCUGGUGAGAGAAGCUACUUUGCAAAUAAGAUGAAAGCACUAAACAGACUGAAAGCUAAACUUCUAGUGACAGCAAGGGAACAAGAUGUUGCAAGUAUAAAAAGUAUACAGAAAGACAAGAUUUUCAAUCCAUGGCAAGAAGAAACUAGAAGGUAUGUUUCUCAUCCGUACAAGUUAGUACAUGAUGUAAAGACAGGCAUUGAGGUGCCAGACCUGAAUUAUGUUCUUGAGGGGAGUAUUGGAACCCUUAUUGCAGCUCACAUUAAUAGCAGAGCCAUGUCAUAA